GAGGCAGUUCCUAGUGCACAUUGCGCUGUUGGAGGAAGCUGUUGGCAGUUUGAGUGUAGGGUAGUGAGCUACCAAUAUUUCAAGAUGUUGGCUCUAAUUAAUCGACUUCUGGACUGGUUCAAGUCCCUGUUCUGGAAAGAAGAAAUGGAGUUGACAUUAGUUGGACUUCAGUAUUCGGGGAAAACUACAUUCGUCAAUGUGAUUGCUUCAGGUCAGUUCAGCGAAGACAUGAUCCCUACUGUCGGCUUCAACAUGAGGAAAGUCACAAAAGGAAACGUAACUAUUAAGAUCUGGGACAUAGGCGGGCAGCCACGCUUCAGAAGCAUGUGGGAGAGGUACUGCAGAGGAGUCAAUGCAAUAGUAUACAUGGUGGACGCUGCAGACAAAGAAAAAGUGGAGGCAUCCCGGAACGAGCUUCAUAAUCUUCUAGACAAGCCUCAGUUACAAGGAAUUCCAGUAUUGGUGCUCGGCAAUAAGAGAGAUCUACCCAGUGCCCUGGAUGAGAAAGCGCUAAUCGAGAAGAUGAAUUUGGCAGCUAUACAAGACAGGGAGAUCUGCUGCUACUCUAUUUCCUGCAAAGAGAAAGACAACAUAGAUAUCACACUGCAGUGGCUGAUCCAGCACUCGAAGUCGCGAAGGAGCUGAGAAAACCGGAGGGAAAAAAACAAACAAAACAAAACAAAAAAACUGCAUCUCAGCUGUUUCUGCUGCCAUGUUCUUCUCAUGCCACUUCCUGCUCACUCUGUGACGUACAGUUUUUUUCCACCCUGCACACAUCUCACCGCCCCACCCCGCAAGCAUCAACCAGCUCUCGCCCAAUCCCGUCUCACCCCUGCGGUCCUCCUUCCUCAAGUCUUUCCCAUGUCACCUACCCCACCUUACCUUACCCCAAGCCCAAAACUACUGAUGCCCCCCCCCCAUCACCCCCCAAAACUCCCAACACCAAGACGGAAUGUAGGCCGUAGUUCAGAUAGCCCAUUUCAGGAAGCCAGAUUGUAUCUUGGUUAAACUUGAAGCCGAAAAAAAGGCGCCCCUUAUACUUUCUACCCCUCCAUUUUGCCCAAAGGUCAUGAAUUGUCCCUCUCAUGACCCACGGCGAGCUGGAUAAACCACUUGUCCAAGUUGUCUGGAUCCUAAAGGGAUGGGGCUGUGUGCAGACCAGGGGGAAGUGGACUUGAAUGCCUCUUGUCGUGUGUGUGUGUGUGUGUGUGUGUGUGUGCGUGCGUGUGUGUGUGUGUGUGUGUAUAAUUUGUUUAUGGGUGUAGCCUUUUUGCCAAAUGGUGUGUUGCGCCACCCCACCCCUGUGAACGCAAACGAUACGAAAGCAGUAAUAUUAAUAAUAACAACAAUAAUAAUGAUGUUAGAGCAAUGAAGGAAAGGAAAGAUAAAGCCCAACUUUUUUGGACUAUUGUGGUUUUUAUUUAAGGUGAACAUAAACGUAUGUGUAAUUUUGACAGAAACAGAGGUGUGAAUGUAUUGAAGGUUUUGCUGAGAGCUGCCUUUGAUAGCAGUGGCGCUUUGGGAAGUGCAAGCUGGGCUAGAGGCAGAAUUUAAAGUGCCUUGUGCAAAAAAAAUCCCUCACCUCCUCUGCUACAAACCGUGCUCCAGGUGUGCCUACCUGGACUGAGGUUAUCAUGGAGAAAAAGAAGACAUUCUUGUCUGUUCAUGAAAUAAAAAGGCAUGCUUUUAAAUGUA